ACUGACGUGCCAUGUGGUUGGACUGCAGCCCAUCAGCGUGUUUACAAAAUACAAUUUAUACUUUUGAAACAACAGGUAGAAAAACCCCCUGGUUAAAGAUCUUGCGAUGACUGACACACCUGCGGCGGAGAACGACAAGCGUCCCCAGUUUGGAACCCGCCUGCUCACCGACGACGCGGACGUCUUCAAGCACAAUGCUUGGGACCACGUUGAGUGGGACGCGGAGCAGGAACUGGCCGCCCAGGCGGCGGUGGCCAAGAACUCGGCCAACAAAAUGGACGAUGAGCAGAAAGAUCGCUUCCAGACGGACGCUCCAAAGUUUUGGGACUCUUUCUACGGCAUCCACGACAAUCGUUUCUUCAAGGAUCGCCACUGGCUGUUCACAGAGUUUCCCGAACUGGCUCCACUGGAGGCGGAAACAGCAAAAGAGACGGCGCCACCUCGCAGCAUCUUUGAGCUGGGCUGUGGUGUUGGGAACACCAUCCUGCCGCUGCUGCAGCACAGCUCGGAACCGCAACUGAAGGUCUUCGGCUGCGACUUUUCCGCCCGUGCCGUGGAUAUCCUCCGGAGUCAGCCGCAGUUCGAUAAGAAGCGCUGCGAGGUGUUCGUCAUGGACGCCACUCUGGAUCAGUGGCAGGUGCCCUUCGAGGAGAACUCGCAGGAUAUCAUUGUGAUGAUCUUUGUUCUCUCCGCCAUUGAGCCAAAGAAGAUGCAGCGAGUGCUGGACAACUGCUAUCGUUAUCUGCGACCCGGUGGUCUUCUCCUGUUCCGAGAUUACGGCCGGUAUGACCUGGCGCAGCUGCGUUUCAAAAGCGGCAAGUGCUUGGAUGACAACUUCUAUGUGCGCGGCGAUGGCACAAUGGUUUACUUUUUCACGGAAGACGAGCUGCGAGGCAUGCUCACCCAGGCGGGGUUCAAGGAGGAGCAGCUUAUUGUAGACCGCCGGCUGCAGGUUAACCGCGGUCGGGGCUUGAAAAUGUAUAGGGUUUGGAUUCAGACAAAGUUCCGAAAGCCUCUAUAGUGCAAUUAAAUUAAAUUAAAAAUUUAAUUAAUAGAUAGAAACUGUCCUUUUAUAAAAUAA